AAGCGUCCCGCGCAGCCUCGGAAGCCGGCGAGCUGUGGAGCGGCGGCGGCCACGGCCGGGCGCCCCGACGGGAGGGGCCCUGGAUCGCUCGGAGGCGGCCGAACCGGUGUGUCGCCGCCGCCGCCGGCGGCCCCAUGAGUCGGGGCACCAUGCCCCAGCCCGGAGCGUGGCCGGGCGCGAGCCGUGCUGAGAAGCCGGCGCGGGAGGCGGGGGCCGCGUCCCCGGGCCCCGCGAGAGCCGCGGCGCCGGAGGGCGGGAAGGCGGCGGCCGGCGGGCAGCCGCGCAUCGCGGUGCGGUGCCCAGCCGAGCAUGAGGAGGACAUGUAUCGUGACGCGGAUGAAAUAGAAAAGGAGAAAGAAUUACUUACACAUGAAAGAGGGUUAUCAGCAGAAGCCAGACUGAGUGUAGCUCCUGAAAUGGACAUCAUGGACUACUGCAAAAAAGAAUGGAGGGGAAAUACACAAAAAGCCACGUGUAUGAAAAAGGGCUACGAGGAGGUGUCGCAGAAGUUCACCUCCAUCAGGCGCGUCCGCGGAGACAAUUACUGCGCACUGAGGGCCACGCUGUUCCAGGCGAUGAGCCAGCCGGCGGCGCCCCCCUCCUGGCUGCAGGACCCGGAGCUCACGCUGUUACCGGAAAAACUCAUAAGCAAAUACAACUGGAUAAAGCAGUGGAAACUUGGACUGAAAUUUGAGGGGAAGAGCGAGGACCUGGUUGAUAAAAUUAAGGAGUCCCUCACAUUGCUAAGGAAGAAGUGGGCAGGCUUGGCGGAACUAAGAACUGCCGAAGCAAGGCAGAUAGCUUGUGAUGAACUGUUCACAAAUGAGGAAGAGGAAUAUAGCCUCUAUGAAGCUGUAAAAUUUCUAAUGCUAAACAGAGCCAUUGAACUAUAUGAUGAUAAAGAGAAGGGAAAGGAAGUUCCAUUUUUCUCUGUGCUUCUGUUUGCUCGGGACACAUCAAAUGAUCCUGGACAGCUGCUAAGGAACCAUCUAAACCAGGUGGGACACACCGGUGGCCUUGAACAGGUUGAAAUGUUCCUUCUUGCUUACGCUGUGCGCCAUACCAUUCAGGUGUACCGGCUUUCCAAGUACAGCACUGAAGAGUUCAUCACGGUCUACCCCACUGAUCCGCCCCUGGACUGGCCGGUGGUGACGCUGAUCGCCGAAGAUGACCGGCACUACAACGUCCCUGUCAGAGUGUGCGAGGAGACGAGUCUGUGAGGGACACGCCGGGACAGCCUGGCCACACGGACGAGGGCCACAGGCAGCAGCCCCUUGGCUCGGGCCUUGGGUCUCCAGGUCUCUCAGAGGGACCUGUGGGAACUCUUGGGCACCGUGAGCCAAGCUGGACUGGGCUGUUCUGAAGACAACUUCUGAUAAUUAAACAAGUGUUUUCCCUCAUCUUUGAUGCAAUAUAUUUCAGGGGGGCCUUCAGAGCACUUCUUUUGGAAGGUACAAACUACAUCUUCUCCAUAACGCAGGUCUUUUGUAUCAGACGAGACUCAUUUUGGAGAGGAAUGUAUUCUUUAUGUCUCAGAAUCAAACUCUUUAAUUGUAAACUGGCUCUCCAUUUUUCCUAAGGUAGUAAGUCUCUGUUUUGGCGGUGAUGGGUCUCUGCGGUGCCCUUCCUCUGGACGGGAGUCUGUUACGGACACAGUCCUCACGUCCUCUGAUAGUCUUGUUGAGCGUUGGUUUGGAUUUACAUAUUAAUUAAAGCUAUUCUAAGCAGAUGGUCUCAUAGAAGAUAAAAAACUGGGUCCAAAAAGGAGUUACUUAAAGGCUGGAGAAGGAGCCGCCAGAGGGAUGUGACGGCACCUGGAACUCCUGACUCAGAAUGUGACAGGUGCCUGAGGUCACGGCCACACCUGGUCGGGUGCCUCAUGCAGGUGCUGCGCUGUCAGCGGGGUGAGCGCUGCUGGUAGUUGAGCUCUGGCGUCGGGCUCUUGAUUCUCCGUUUCGUAGAUGUGCCAUUUUAUAGUCAGAACAGCGCCGAGAUCCCCCUGCUCUUUUAGAGGAGGAAGCCAGGGCCCGAUGACUUCAGGCACUCUCAUCUGAGUUCGGCGAGGGGGGGAGAGGGGGAGGGGGGCUGGACCUAGGUCUGCCUGUGCCCUCUCCACAGGCUGUUUUUGAGGGUGCUUCCACUGCCCAAUUCAUGUUCCUGCCAGGGGAUGAGUCAUAGCAAAGUGUCUUAAGAUUUUUCAUGAGUAAGAUGAAGCAGAAGCAAGUACUAAAACCAAGUACGGAAGUAGGGCCAAGCUGCAUUGGCCUGUGAUUUGGUUUGGGAAGCCUGAGGGAGGAGGGAGUGUUCCUGGCAGUGAGUGAGUGCUGCCCAGAGGCCUGGUUGAACGCAGUUAGGGCCGGAGUCCUCCACAAGGGGCAUGGGCUGUGUCUGUUUUCCCCCAGGGACCAGACACAUCACUCCAGGGCUGGAUCAGCAGCACCUGCAUGGGCUCAGCCCAUGAAGGUAGUAUCACCCUGAGGUACCAAGCUUUAUUUUAUAAUAAAGUCUUUAUUUGAUUCAAUUUAAUAUAGUUAAUAAGCUAUCACAUGUUUUUGGGGAGUGGCAAACCUUUUUUGAAAAUGUAAGUUUUGCUUUAUACUUAAAAUUCUUCUAAGAAAACUCAGAGGACAAACAAAACUACGCAGACUGUUACAUUAGUAUUUUCCCAUUACCUCAUCAGUAAUACCACAGUUUGGGAGGCCUUUAUUCUUUAUAGAGUGUUGUGUUUGAAUCGGGUUCUGCUCCGAAUGUGCAUGAAUGCGUUGGAGAGGCUUUGUGGUUUUCACUGUGAAAUGUAAUGGUGCCUCGAAUAAGGAGGUACCUAGAAGCCAAAUUAAAGUAAUAAUAAUGACUUCUUAUUGGCUUUGAUGUUUCAUUUUAGGAUUUGUAAUUGUACAGUGGGAAAUGCUUACUGUUCAUUCUGGAACAUUUUUUAGAGCACUUAAAAUGUUUCGGCACAAGGCAGUGGGGGUCUCUGUCCUCCGGGGGGUUCACUGAGUCUGACUCUUGGUCCAUACCUACUAUUCAACUUAAUAAUACUCAUGACCAUCUUUACAUUUUGAAAAUGUUCUAAUCUUAGUGAACUUGAACUGAACUUUUGGGCAACUUAAUUGUUUACAUGCGUACUUUUUUCUUGUUCCUGUGUGUGGUAUUGUUAGAGCGUGUGGAAACUGUGGUCUUCACCACCACAGUGAUGCAAGUUUGAAAGCAUGCGUUCAGGUGGCUUUCUGACCCAAGGCCUAAUGGACUCUGCUCUCGGCCUGUCGUGCAGGCUUAGUGGGAUCAGAGCAUCAGAAAGGCAGAGCUUUCAAGAAACAGUAUAAAUGAUUGGCCGACUUUAAAAAAUACCGCUUCUUCAUUGUAACAUGCAACUUCAGUUGCCCAGAAUCUUAAUUCCAUGAAUCAUUCCUGGUCAUGGGCUGGUCAGGUGGCAGCAGCAGGGGAUAGAAAUUGCAUUGAGACCAAAAUGGAUGCAGGAUAAUCUACUUAGAGGGGUCUCUAAAAUGAUAGAGCGUUCUAGGAAAAGAGAAAGCACCGGUAACUACACUGGGCUUACUUUCAUUCUCUGAGCUUAUUGCAGGAGUUCAGAGAUUUGGACCCUAUGGUCUUGGCAGAAAGAUGAUCCUCAUCUUAAGCAGGCACGACUUAGAUCUUUGAACUUAUUUAAGGCGCACUGAAACCUGGAAGACGGUCCCUCUAGCAAGUUCCCUGGAAUUAACAUUGCUUCGUCAGGACCUCUUCUGGCUCCUCCCCUCACCUGCUUAGCUCCUCCUGCACACACAGCACGCACUGGUUUCACUCCUUCCUGCAGGUGGAACGGCCAUGACCACGGGAGGACGAGAGGCCAAGGUGUGGGUUUGCACUUGUGCUCCCGACCUAGGUGGGGUUUGAUCUGAAUCUUCCUUA